AUGUCGAACAUUGUAGUUAUUGGUGCUGGAGUCUCCGGCCUGACCACUGCUCUCCUGCUAUCCCGCAAUCCCAACUACAGAGUCACUGUUGUCGCAAAACACAUGCCGGGCGACUACGAUGUUGAAUUCACAUCUCCAUGGGCGGGUGCCAACUACAUGCCACACGCCCACAGAUUUGCCAAUGAGGCAGAGAAAAAGUACGAGCAGAACACAUGGCCGGAGCUGAAGCGACUUGCGGAAGACGUGCCAGAAUCCGGCAUUCACUUCCAGGACAUUGUGGUGUACGAGAGGAAUAAGGAUGCCGGUUCUGCUUCAGGGAAGCAUUUCAGGGCGCUGGCUCGACCAGAUUCGUGGUUCAACACCGUUGCGCCCAACUUUAGAGUCCUCUCAUCGGCGGAGCUCCCAAGGACUGUGGAUUCCGGUAUUGGGUUCACUUCGGUCUGCAUCAACACUGUGCAGUACCUGCCGUGGAUCAUCAGCCAGUGCGUAAGGCAGGGCUGCACGAUCCACCGCGCAAACCUGAGACACAUUUUGGAUGCUGGCAAGCUUCACCAUACGGGACAGGAGGCCGAUCUCGUUGUGAACUGCACCGGCCUUCUCGCUUCGAGACUGGGAGGUGUGAUGGACAAGGAUGUUGUGCCUGCCAGAGGGCAGGUUGUCGUGGUCCGGAACGACCCCGGUAUGAUGGUGGCAGUAUCCGGUACAGAUGACGGCGAGGAAGAGCUAUGCUACAUCAUGAAGCGCGCCACGGGGGGAGGGACCGUCCUAGGUGGAACUUACCAAGUCGGCAACUGGGAAUCCCAGCCUGAUCACUCGACUGCUGUGAGGAUCAUGCAGCGAGCCGUCGAGUUGUGUCCGGCUUUGACUGGAGGCAGGGGUAUCGAAGCUUUGGAUAUCAUUCGACACGGCGUGGGACUGCGACCAACGAGGAUCUCAGGCGUGAGGAUUGAGAAGGAGAAGAUUGGUGAUACCUGGGUUGUACAUAACUACGGCCACGGUGGGUGGGGAUACCAAGCCUCGUACGGAUGUUCGACUGCGGCGAAGGAGCUUGUCGACCAAGCCCUGACAGCGAAGGCAAAUUUGUAG